GCUGCCUCCGCUCCCCUCAUUCCCCCGCCGCGGAACGGCCCUCGGGGCUGCGGGUGGGGGGUCACAGCCGCGGUCCCCCGGUGUUGGUGGCUCCGGCGCUCUGUGGGGAGGGGGUUGCAGUGCUGGGCAGAGCCCCCCUUUGGUUGCGGUGGUUUGGGGGCGAUUCCGGAAUGUUUCCUUUCUGUCAAAGCGCAGAGAUUCCUCUCAAUCCCAAGGAGCGAACCAAAGGGUGGAGAACGUGAAGCUGCUGGAUCGCUACGGCAGCAGGAGGGCAGCGAGCGGGACCCUGUACCUGACAGCCACACACCUCAUCUACGUGGAUACCUCUGCUGAAGUCAGGAAGGAAACAUGGAUCCUGCACCACCACAUCUCCAGCGUGGAGAAGCUGCCCCUGACCACAGCUGGGUACCCCCUGCUCAUCCACUGCAAGAACUUCCACGUGGCUCACUUUGUCAUUGGGCAGGAGAGGGACUGCCACGACGUGUUCACCUCCCUGCUCAAGCUCUCCCAGCCAGUGAAACCUGAAGAACUUUAUGCUUUCUCUUACAACCCCAAAAUGUCCAGAGAGAGCCGGGAGAUGGGCUGGCAGCUGAUAGAUCUGAAACUGGAUUAUCAGCGCAUGGGGAUCCCCAACGACUGCUGGGAGAUCACAGACAUUAACAAGGACUAUGAGGUUUGCAGCACAUACCCUCCUGAGAUCGUGGUGCCUCGAGCUGCCAGCAGGGCCGUGGUGAUGGGGAGUUCAAGGUUCAGGAGCCGAGGGCGGAUUCCGGUGCUUUCCUACUUGUACAAGGAAAACAAUGCUGCCCUGUGCCGCUGCAGCCAGCCCCUGGCCGGGUUCAGCGCGCGCUGCCUGGAGGACGAGCAGAUGCUCCAGGCCAUCCGAGAGGCCAACCCCGGCUGCCCCUUCAUGUAUGUUGUAGACACGAGGCCAAAGUUGAAUGCCAUGGCCAACAGAGCUGCUGGGAAGGGCUAUGAGAAUGAAGAUAAUUAUGAAAACAUUCGUUUUAAAUUCAUUGGCAUCGAGAACAUCCAUGUGAUGAGGAGCAGCCUGCAGAAACUGCUGGAAGUGUGUGAGAUGAAGUCUCCCUCCAUGAGCGAUUUCCUGACGGGGCUGGAGAGCUCGGGCUGGUUACGGCACAUCAAGGCUGUCAUGGAUGCAGGAGUCUUCCUGGCCAAGGCUGUGAGGGAGGAGAGGGCCAGCGUGCUGGUGCACUGCUCCGACGGCUGGGACCGCACGGCCCAGGUCUGCUCCCUGGCCAGCCUCCUGCUGGACCCCUUCUACAGGACCUUCAAAGGCUUCAUGGUGCUGAUAGAAAAGGAGUGGAUUGCAAUGGGCCACAAGUUCUCCCACAGGUGUGGCCACCUGGAUGGGGACCCCAAGGAGGUGUCCCCUGUGUUCACACAGUUUGUGGAGUGUGUGUGGCAGCUGAUGCAGCAGUUCCCCUGCUCCUUCGAGUUCAGCGAGCGCUUCCUGCUGGAGAUCCACGACCACGUCUACUCCUGCCAGUUUGGCAACUUCCUGGGCACCUGCCACAGGGACAGGGAGGAGCUCAGGAUCUUUGAGAAGACCCAUUCCCUGUGGCCUUUCCUCUUGCAGAGGAAGCAGGAGUUGAGAAAUCCUUUGUACAGAGGAUUUACAGCUUACAAAGAGCUUCAACCAAACACUCUACCUUUCAGUUUCCAGUUCUGGUGUGGGAUGUACAACCGCUUUGACAAGGGCAUGCAGCCCAGGCAGAGCGCGCUGGAGCAGCUGCUGAGCUGCCUGAGGCACAGCGGGAGCCUGCAGGAGAGCGCGGCCCGGCUGGAGAGCAAACUCCCAAUCCUGGACAGCCCCUUGCCCAGCAAAGGCUGCACGUCACCCAAGGCAGGAGCUGCUGCUGCCAAAGCCCCAACUCCUCCCCAGGACUGUGCAGAGGGAGCAGCCCCUGUGCUGAGCAACGGCCCCUCCGUGGGGCAGCAGAAGCACAAGGAGAGCCCGGCCCAGCCCCAGGAGCCCGGAGCCUGCAGGGAGGAUGGGCAGGCUCAGCACCAGGGAUGAGCUGUGGGAGCUGCUGGGAGAAGCUCUGGGGAGCUGCUGCAGCCCCCGUGUGCAGCUGAGUGUGAGUAGGGCUGGGGAGCAGCUGCUGGGGGCACCUCCUGCAGCUCAGGUGCUGCAGAGCUGCCAGGAGCCUGCCUGGCAUCGCUGGGAACUUGGCUGUGCUGAGGGUUAGGGCUGCCUGCCAGCUCUGCUGUUUGAGGCUGGAAGAAAUCUUGCCAACUCCAUGAGGAGCUGGGCAGUAACUGCAGGAGGAAGGAUGCAAAUCCCUCUGUUCUCAGUGGUGGUCCAAGGUUAUCUUAAAACAAGAAAAAAAUUUCAAUCUGUCUUCAAAUGAUAAAAAACCCCCCCAACCUUUCUUAGCUGUGAAUGAAUCUCUGCAUGGACCCUUGCCUUGUAGCAGAGCUGAUUCAUGUUUUGUUUCCUAUGCAUAUUUGUUACACAAAACCAAACCCCCUGUGCCUUCUCUGAGACUGUGUCCGUGUCCAGCCAGGCCGCUGCAGUUUGGGGCUGGAGUUUGCAGCGUGCUCCUGGUCCUGUCUGUAGUCAGUGCUUGUGAGAGGUUUUCUUCUGCUGCAGCUUCUCCAGGGUUUUUGCUGUUCCUCUGAGUUCAGCAGCUCUUAUGGAGCUCCUUUAUUGAUGGGAGUGCAGAGCCAGCCCAUAACACAUGGAUUUGUGAUCAGAGGAUUGGAAAUGAGGAAAGACAGCAGAACAUUUAUGUGGAAUUUUUCUCUCUUAUUUUAUGAUCUUGGUUAAACUGAAGCAAGAGAGUAACUCUGUUCCAAGGUGGAAUCAUUGAUGAGACAGCAGUUACAGAUGGGGCUGUGUUGUGGUAUUGAAAUGGGGCCUGAAAUGAUAAAAUCACUUGUGAGUGAUUCUAGGGAAUGCUCAGAGUGCAGGAUCUGUAGGGAUGUUUUGUCUGUCUCAUGAACAGUAUCUCUCAUGGCAGUGAACUUGGGAAGAAACAGAAGAAGCAAGGACUUCUCUCCCAGGGAUUGGGGGUCACAAAUGAGUGCUUGAAGGUCACCCAAAGAAUCCUUGGGAGAGGCAGGAGCAAAAGCAGGUUUGAUGUAAAAAAGUGUGACCAAAUUCAUUUGCAAGGUUCACUCUGUUACUUAUUAAAUGGUUAAAGCACACAGAGAAAAACUAAAAUAGAAAAUCAGGCAAUCUAAAACUACAAUCAACCAGCGUGGAGGCUGGGGAUGGAAAAGGGUCAGGAUGAAAUGGAAUGAGAUGAAAUGAGGGAGAUUCUCCUGUUGAGUCACAGGGUUCAGAGUGGAGCAUCCUCCCAGACUGAGCCCUGGAAUUAUCAGCAGUUCAGGCCUGAAGGUUUCCUGCAAUCAGAGAAUCACAAGCAGCACUUGAACUCAACAGCAGAGUAAGAAUUGAACAAGGGGUUUGUGUGGAAUUCCCUGUAAGCACAACAGGAGCUCCCUUAGAGGCUGAACUCACAAACCCAAAGCACUCCACAGUCCAGGAGAGCAGCAUUGCCAGUGCUUGGCUCUGGCACAGCCCCAGGGACCAGCUCCAGGUGUAUCCCUGGGGAAAAUUCCCCUCCAGUUCCCUGUUUAUAGAGAGCUGCUUUGAUCAGAGUCACUGCCCAGCCUGGCUGCAAUUUGGGUCAAUAUCUUCCUUUGAAAGGUCAAUAACAAAAAUGUUCCACUUGCCUUGUUAUUCAGGCAAGAAAAAUCAGAUUGCAGGGCUGGUGGCUAAACCCAGGGGUUUGUACUCCAGCCCUGGGAGCAGCCAGUGAGCUCCUGAUAAGCUCAGGGUGCUGCUGCUUAUCAAGGUCAAGGCCUGAGGACAUUUCUGAGGUGGUGGUGAGGCCUUGGGAGCCUGGAGGGUUCCCCUGCCCAGGAAAGCUGUGCCACUGUCCUUGUUCUGGGCUGGAUUGCACAGAUCCCCCUGGGCAGCUCUGUUCAGGAUGCUGCUCUGCCCUCUUCUCAAGCUGUUGUUUCAGUUAGGUGCUGCCAUUAAGUUUUCCAAUCAGAUUUGCUCUUUUAUAAAAAGUUUGGAAGCCAAGUGAAAAUAUUUGAGCCUUCCCAAUCUCCAGUGAAAGCAGAAACAUUCCAUUGUAACAGCAGAAAGUGCAAUAACUCUGCUCAUGUGCUUUUAACCCUUGGUGAAAUCUCUGGGUGGAUCCAGUGUCCAAAACCCAACCCAAACCUCCCUGAGUGGCUGUUCUGGGUAAGAAAAUACCCAUUUUAUAAAGCACAUGAAAGAUCCAGGCAAAAAGACAGCACAGAGUUUCUCCACUGCCUGGAAUGGCAAAGAGGGAGAUUUUUAGUAUUGAGGGUUUGUCACACUUAAAUAAAGUUGUUAAAGAAGGAGUGGGAGCUGCAAGAGUGAUUGGUUAAAAAUGGAACACUGGAAAUACUGCCCCAGGUGGGAGUGAUGGAUCAGCCCUGUCUUUCCUUUCCAGGGGCAAUGGGCAACACCCAUCCCCAAAUCUGAGAGAAAAUGGGGCAGGAAGCCAAGACUGGCUCUUCUUAGGACCAGUCAUUCUAUGGAUCAUCAGUUCUUUGAAUAUCUUUAAUAAAUUCUCUAAUUUUCAUUAGAGAUCUAAAACUGGAGAGGGUUUUGAUUGACUACUGAAGGACUUCAAGGUGCCAUUGGUUAAUUAUUGUACAAAUCCAGCUUGCAGAAAGCUCCUGGAAAUGUUUGUGUGGUGCUUUGCCUUUGGAAUUGCCAUUGGAGGAGUUUAAUAACAUUUCCUUGUUCAUUAAAAGCUUGUCUCCACAAAACUCCAAUGUUACUACAAGUGUGUACAACCACCACCAGGUUACUCAGUGUUGUAAGCUUAGAGUAACCUUGUUGCUUUUAAGUUUUGGGUUUGGCACAACAGAGCCAAACCCAAAAAUUAAUGUCUUUUAAACCUCUUGGAUUUCAUGUGUGCAGGCUCAGGCAGAGGCUGCAGUGUAUUAAAAGCCUUUGAUGCUGGAGCUGGAAAAAAUUCCAGGAUUUCCUCUUUUUCCAUGAGCCCGUGGUUUGAAAACCAAUGAAGGAGAAGCUUUUGGGUUUUGGUGGCAGCUCUGGGCUGUUUGAAGAGCAGAAGGGAGGAGCUGCUCAGAGCUCUGCAGUGUCCUGAGCUCAGCUGGGAUCUGCUGAUCACAAAAUCUGUGUUUCCUGUCCUGGAGCAUCCUGGAGCAUCCUCUGCUCCCUGGAAGUGUGGGAGCAAUGGAGGAGCUGGUACUGCUGUUGGGAAUCUGCUGCUGCUGCUGGGAAAGUUCCUUUCACUGAUUGAUUCCCAGGGAGCAGCUGUGCUUUGUGAGGGCAGAAAUCCUGGUUUUAUUUGAAACAAUGCCGUUCUUUCCAUUUGGAUUCCUGUCACUGGGAGGGAAGAGGGAUCAGAUGUGCUGCAGUUUGUGGAAAACUCUCCCUUUUCUGGAGCUGCUCCUGCUUCUCCAGGACCUCCAUGGCCUCACCAGGACCUUCCAUGGCCUCACCAGGACCUUCCAUGGUCUCACCAGGACAUUCCAUGGCCUCACCAGGACAUUCCAUGGUUUCUCCAGGACAUCCCAUGGCCUCACCAGGACAUUCCAUGGCCUCACCAGGACAUUCCAU